AUGGAGGAUACUGAGAUUAAGAGAGUCCUGGAAGCUUCGGGGUUUACUCGAAGUGAGAUGCCGUUUAAAUACUUGGGAAUCCCAAUUUGUGCUAGAAGACUUUCAACAUCGGAAUGUGAAGUGUUGGUGGAAAAAAUGGUUCAAAAAAUUCGAGUUUGGGGAUCUCGGAAUAUCUCAUUUGCUGGUCGGGUCACUUUAAUAAAUUUUGUCCUCAUCUCAAUUUACUCUUAUUGGGCACAACUUAUGGUAAUACCAAAGAGAGUGCUCAAAAAGAUUAAUGCCAUUUGUAGGUCUUUUUUAUGGCAAGGUAUUGCUGAAUCAUACACCCCGGGGUAUGUAGCUUGGGAGCAGUUGUGUAAAUCAAAAUCUGAAGGGGGUUUGGGGAUUCGAAAUUCACUGCUUUGGAACACAGCUGCGAUUGCAAAAUAUGUUUGGGCUAUAGCCUCAAAGAAAGACAAUCUAUGGGUGAGGUGGAUACAUAGCGUCUAUUUGAAAGAUGAGAAUUGGUGGGACUAUAUUUCUCCUAUUAAUGGCAGUUGGUAUUGGAAGCAGAUUGUACGAGUCAAAGAAAAAUAUAAACUUCUUUCUAACUUCCAGGCUCUAAUGAUAGGGAAGUAUAGUGUCAACAUGGGUUACAAGAUGCUUUGUGAGGAGCAAGAGAAGGUGACUUGGCACCGAGAGGUAUGGAAUCGCUAUAAUGUUCCUAAACACAGUUUUAUUACUUGGCUAGCAAUUCAAAGUCAUCUACAGACCAAAGACAAGUUGUUUUCUUUCCAUAUCUUUCAAGAUACAACCUGUUUUUUUUGUGAAGAAGCAGUUGAGACAGCAACACACUUAUUUUUUGAGUGUGAAUUCAGCUCUAGAUGCCUAUUAGAGAUCAAGAAAUGGUUAGAUUGGAGAGUGAGGAAUAGACCUCUGCCUGAGCUGCUGCGGUGUAUCUCAAGGGCGAAGCUUCAGCGUUUCAAGAAGCAGGUGUUGCGGGCAACAGUUGCUAGUUUGGUUUACCAAAUUUGGGUAAACAGAAAUGAUUGUUUGUGGAACCAGAAGAUGCAAACAAUUGCAGCUUGUGUACAGGUGAUUAAAUGUAAUGUAAAGCAUAGAAUUACUAGCAUUAGAACUAAACAAUUUACACAGAAAGAGAAGGAAUGGUUUGAUACAUUAUAA